CAAUGGCGACGAUCAGAGUUGAUGCCACGUCCCCUGGAGAUAAAAAUGUUGAAAAUCUAACUGACAUUGAUGAAAUUCAAAAGGCAUACGAUGAAUUAUGUAGGCAAGAGAAUGUCAUAGCAGAAGAACUGAGUAGUGUUUUUGAACAUCAAGCCAUGUUAGAAAAUAAAAUGGUUGGACUUCAUAAAACAUUACCGAAUCUCCAGAUUUUACAGAAUGAUUCUAAACAGCUGAGUAGCAUGAUAUCUUUCACAUCUACAUUAGCUGAGAACGUCAGUAGUAAAGUUAGAAAACUUGAUCUAGCAAAGAGUCAAGUAUCUCAGUGUAUAACAAGAGUAGAAGAUAUUCUAGAUUUAAAAUUCUGUACAGAUGGAGUUCAGACAGCUUUACAGAAUGAAGAUUAUGAAAAGGCGGCUGGUCAUGUUCACAGAUUCCGUAAUUUGGAUGAAUCAGUCAUUCGAAUGAGUGCAGACUCUUCUGAAGGUGGAACAUUAGAAACAUCAUUCAGGAUGUUAUAUGAAUCAGAAGAGAAGCUAAAAACCAUCGUCAACAGUAAAUUCUCAGCUGCUGUUCAUUCUGGUGAUGUGGCUUCCGUUGAACGAUUCUUCAAGAUAUUUCCAUUAUUAGGAAUGCAUGAUGAAGGACUAACUAAAUUUGGAAAAUAUCUUUCAUCUCAGUUAUCUGAAACUGCAGAUAGAAAUCUGAAAAUAGCUCUUGAUUCAAGUGGGGAUGUAAAACGCUCAAGUGUGCUGUAUGCUGAUACUAUUAUUAUGUUGUUAGAGGGUAUAGCACGAACAGUAGAAGUACAUCAACCAUUGGUAGAAACUUAUUACGGACCAGGAAAAUUAAUUGUAUUAUUAAAAAUUUUACAAAAAGAAUGUGAUAGACAAGUUAGAAAAGUUAUAGAAAAAUUUAAACAAUCCAGGGAAUACGAUAAAAAGGUGAGGCUAGUACAGACCAGUUUAAUCUCACAGAAACAAAAUUCACUGGAAAAUCGUUUAGAUCCAAUGGAAGUAGAUCUGUUGUUAUCAGAAAUUGUUUUAAUCAACAAUCGAUCAGAAUUAUAUCUCCGGUUUAUGAAACGAAAAGCCAUGGGUGAUUUAGAAACAAGUGAGCAAGAAAGCAAAUUAAUGGAAGAGGGUAAAGUUGAAGUAGAAAAGUUAAUUAAUGAGAGUGAUUUAAGUCGUUUAAUGCAGGAAUUAAUUGGUAAUUAUAUUAUGAUGGAAGAAUAUUUUAUGAAAGAAAUGGUUGUCAAGGCUGUUAAUAUGGAUGUUACAGACGAAGGUGCUAAAACAUCCAGUAUGGUGGACGAUGCUUUUUUUAUUGUUAAAAAAUCAGUCAGACGUACAAUAUCUAGUUCGAGUGUUGAUGGUGUUUGUGCGAUGUUAAAUCAUGCUGGUUCGACACUAGAACAAGACUUCCGAGAAGUUUUAUAUACACGGUUACGUGGUGGCUAUCCGUCUGGUUUUGAUCUACAACAAGCCUAUAAUAUUAUGCAAUCUAGUUUCCAGCAAGGGAAGUUAACAAGUUCAGAUCAGGAGAAAGAAAAAGCCAGAACAUUAUUUUUGACUGCGUUAAAUAAUUCUGAAGUUAGUUGUGAUUAUUGUAAAGCUUUAAAGACCAGCCUAGAUGAAGAAGUGAAUAAACUAUAUUCAUAUUGUAAUGAACAUUCUAAAGCUAAGCUAGAAACUUGUUUAAAUGAUCUCGGAAGUGUUCCAGCUAGAUUUAAAGAUGUGGUUGAUUUUGGUUUUUCACAGUUAACGAGUAGCGCUGUUAAACCACGAAUCAAACCACUAGUUGAUACGUUUCUUGCUACAGGACAUAAUCUUACAGAGGAAGAAUUUUCAAACUUUGAAGCAAAUGAUCCUUGGUUACAGAAUUUCAUUGCUAAUCUUGAUAAUAUGCUGAAAACUUUUAAGGAAUCAUUAACCAAUGGUAACAAUAAAAGAUUUGUGAAUCUGAUAUCCGUUAAAUUUAAAUAUGUAUUUUUUAAGGAAUCUUUUACCAAUGGUAACAAUGAAAGAUUUGUGAAUCUGAUAACAGGAGAAAUAUCUGUACAGUUAGAGAAAGCUGUUGUUAAAACGGCCUUCAAUAGAGUGAGUAAUUGUUAA